GCGGGAGGUGGUGGCGAGAGGUGGAGGCGGGGGUCUCCCACUCACACACAGCCGCGCUCCAAUCACUAAAGUUCAGUGUGCUUCCCUUCCUGCUCCGUGCACAGCUGAGGGCACAAGCUGCAGGCUACAUGUGACGGACUGGGCUCGGCACACACACUUCUCUUCCCCCUCUCGCACCUCGCACACGGAGCACUCACACCCGGUCUCACCUUUACUUUCGGCGCUGCUUUUUCCAACUUUUCUUCGUGAAUGAUUCUCUCCCGCAGUCCUACUUCCACCGCCACCUCUCCAACUCCGAUUCCAAGUUCUGGCAAGAAGUGUUCAGACAGCGCGCCGUCCUCACGCCCUCACCUUGCCACCUCGUCUCUAGUGAAGUUCAAACGCCACCAGGACUCGUACAACAGCUGCACUCGCACUUGGGGCACCUCUCACUCCACCACCAGAAGCUUACUCCUCAGCGCGGCGGACGCAUCUCAAGCCCGGGUCAACAUGAGUCUGAAGGACGAAGCCAACAACAAUGUGACCAUCGAAGAGGAGGUCCGGACACUAUUUGUCAGUGGGCUUCCCGUGGACAUUAAACCAAGGGAACUAUAUCUUCUCUUCAGACCCUUUAAGGGGUACGAAGGGUCACUGAUCAAGCUAACAUCAAAACAGCCUGUCGGGUUUGUCACUUUUGACUGUCGCUCUGGAGCGGAGGCGGCUAAAAACGCACUGAAUGGAAUCCGCUUUGACCCCGAAAGCCCCCAGACCCUGCGCUUAGAGUUUGCUAAAGCCAACACGAAGAUGGCAAAGAGUAAGCUGAUGGCCACACCGAACCCCACAAAUAUCCACCCCGCUCUAGGAGCACACUUCAUUGCACGGGACCCAUAUGACCUGACAGGGGCAGCCUUGAUCCCAGCCUCCCCUGAUGCCUGGACCCCAUACCCCCUGUACACCACUGAGCUGACCCCGGGUCUGCCCCACGCUGCCUUCACUUACCCUGCGGCAGCGGCAGCUGCAGCGGCCCUCCACGCCCAGAUGCGCUGGUACCCCACUCCAUCUGAGACUUCCCAGCCUGGAUGGAAGUCCCGGCAGUUUUGUUAGAUAUUUAGUCUCUGGGAACCACACCUUUGUCCAGCUGAAGUGAGGUUUGCUGAGUUCAUCGUUAAUUUAAUCAGGUUUAUUUAAUGGACAGAUGUGCAUUAGAACCAGUAUUUAUGUCCUCCCCGCACCCGAGGGGAGCGGAGUGCUUCUUUACUGUCCACAAUCUUGAGCUUUUCCUUGGCAACUAUUGCGGUACCGUCUUGGCCCUUCGGAAACCUCGUUCUCCUACACUAAACCAUGGAAGGUGACGCUACAGCCUGUGAUCAUGGCUCCCCUCCGAGUGUGCGGGAGGUUUAGAAGUGUUCAGUCUUUGCAUGUUAGACGUUUUGGCAUGAACUUAGAACGCAGAGUUGUGUGUGUGAUCCUAAUUUCCCUUGUGUUUGUGUUGCCUCUUUAUCCGUAGACAGCAAAUAUUAAGUUGUGUUUUUUCUGUCGAACUUGGCUCUGUGAAAGCUAGGCUGUUGUGUAAAUGGCUUAUCUUGCAUGGACUAUUGUGAAUGCAUCUCUACGUUCUGACAAUCCCAGUCCUUUCUGACCAUAUCAGUGUCUGUCAUUAUUUGAGCAAAAGAAAUAUUUGUACUUUUGCGUAAUGUAUAUUUAUGCAUUUUGGUGCAACUAAAUAUGGAGCCUGUAUAAGUUUUGGAUGUUUAGUCGUCUCUUGUGUUUUUGGUGUUAUUUUGAAACUAUAAUCCUGUUUAAAGUAGUUUUAAAGAAGAAAAAGUGCAAUUUGUUUAAAGGGGAAGUGGGUAUUUGUCAAAAGUAUUCAGAACGUGGCUUGUGCCAGUCUGCUAAAAUGAGAUUGCUCUCCAAUCUUGAGAAUGUGAAGGUGAACUCCAAACAGAAGGGCUGCUUUGGGGAUGGCCUUUAACUGCAGGUUUGGUUAGUAUGAAGGAAUUUAUUUUGUGGUUUAGAACAUGUUCGUCUCUGUAUCUGCUGUGCAUAAGAUGUAAAAAAAAAAAAAAGACUCCAUCU